CCCUUCCCUCGCGCUCUCUUUGUCAUAAUUAUUAUCUGGCUCUUCAAUUUAGGGGUUAUAUCGCGGCUAGUAUGCCUAUUUAGGACUGAUUGAUGGCUGUGUUUGAUGCGGCCAACCAAACCCCCCAAGAACACCCGUGCGUUAAAUAGAUACGUCAAGCUUGCCCAAUCGACACAAGGCACCUCAGUCUCGCUCAGGCAUGGACCGGCAGAGCUUCACUCAUGAUACCAUUAUCUGUUCAGAUACAGUAACAGAUGAUUCGAUAGAGGGGCACAGAGGAAGCGAAUAAAGCAAGAAAAGAAAUAGAAGGAUCGUUGAUGCACGACGGGGGAUAGAAGAGAGGGAAAAAAGUAUAUGCGAGAGAGCGACAGACUGAGAAAAAAUAGACAGAGAGAAAGAAAAGGAGGAGCGCUAAAACCUCUGCGCCCGAUUGCGUUUCGUACGAGAUUCUAAAGCUCAUUUUAAGCCGAGUUUACGCACUGAUAUAGACCAGUACCGGGGACUCGUUUAAAACAUUUCUUGGCUUCCUUUUUAUCAACUUUGGCUCCAUUUUCCCAGCCCUGUCUCUCUUCCAUCAUACCCCGGCAGGAUGACUCGUAUCCAAGAUUUUCCCUGAAACACUUUUCUCCAAUAGCAUCACCAAGCUCUGAGCUUCUCAAUGAAGAAUAAUCAAAACGACGUCGCAGGUGUAGUCUGGUGGUCAUUUUAGCUCGCUGACAUCGUCGAGCAGGGAUAUCUAUCCAUUCAUGCUGUCGUUUGGUGGUUAUUUACGAACGAAUCCAACAUGAUGAUGCCCAACUUUGCCCUGGCCACGAUCCGGAUCUCUUUUAUUCUUGUCAUUUUAUCACGGGUUACAAGUUCGCCCCUCGACCCGACGGACCAGUAUGGGAAGAGGCGGCGAGGUGGGUCGGCAUCGCGACGCCCGCCGGGCGGCUUACGGUCCGAACAGGAGGCCCCUCCAUGGCGUGAAAACGAUUCACCGUACGGUAAAAACGACCAGGAGUCGAACGACGUCGAUGACGACGAACAAACGGAAGAAGAGGACGACUAUUCGGAUUAUUCAGAACCUAAGGUAGAAGGGGAUGCCGAAAGGCGGUUACUGACUUCAUUUGGUCUCUCUAAAUUACCGAAGCUUGAUAAGAAAGCGGUGAAAGAAGCCCCUUCCUUCAUGUUAGAUCUGUAUGAAAAGUUACAAGGUUCACAAAAUGAUAAAACCUCGGAGGAUUUUAACGAUGCUGACGAUGCAACACCAGCAGCGAACACAGUCAGAAGUUAUUCUGAGACAGGAUCUCGUUCAUCGGGUCGCAAGACGUUCGAGUUUGAAAUCAGAGGGAUAUUGGAUCGUGAAACCAUCGUGUCUGCUGAGAUAGUUCUUUACAAACGCCAAUCAAGAACAUCGUCUUGGGAACCUAUACCAUCAGAAGACAAACGAGCCAUUAUUGAAGUCUACCACGUGUACAGAUUAGAGAGGAAAGGUGACGUGAGGAGACGAAAGACCCUUGUCGAUCAGAGAAUAAUCCACUUGUCAUAUUCAGGAUUAUUACAAUUUAACGUCACAUCGGCGUUCUUAAACAAAGCACAAAGUGCAAGACUAAGUAGUGACAACACGAGUGUCAUGACGAGAACAUUCGAAGUCAAAGUCAGAGCGCGAAGCGCACUCAUUAAAAGAAUGGUGCGGUUUAUUAAAUUUCCCGCCGAUAACAGGCCGGAAAAGCAGCCCCUUUUGGUGCUGUAUCUUAAUGACAAUAUGAUACAGAGGCGGGACAUUGCAAUGCCUCUUGGGACAGAAGGUGUGGUGGCACCCCGGAGGUCAACCAGGAACAGACUCGCAACACAUUCAGCUUUUACUGCAUCAAACAGAUUAGAGACGCGGUUACAAAACAGCAUAGAAUUAGAGAGGCGGUUGGAAGUAGCCGCCGCGGUAGAGGAAAACUCUAGGACUGAUAACAGCGGAGUGGGUAGGGAGCAUAAGGCUUUAAGGAGGGAAACGGAGGGCGAGAAUCGGGCUUCGGGGAGACCCGGGAGGACCAAAUGUCAGCUGGAACAGUAUGAAGUCAAUUUUGAAGAUAUCGGGUGGACAACGUGGAUCGUAGCUCUCGAAUUUGGUUUUCGCGAAAAACAUAGUACUACUCAUGCCCUGUUGGCAAUGAUCAAUAAGAUUGCCAAUGGAAUUGACAAGUAUGAGCGUAUUGUUGGGGUGUUCCUGGACUUCUCCAACUGA